AUGGUUGACAAAGAUAAUGUAGUUUCAUAUGUAGAAAAAACCAAAAAUGGCUUUCCAGUAAAUGCUACACAAAGAUCAUUUAUAGAACAAGAUAAUGAUAAUUUUAAACUUAAAAAAACAACAUUUGAACUAAUAUCAGAGACAAGAAGUAUACAAUCAUACAAACAACCAACAGUGAAUGCCAAAUCACCACUAAUUCCAUCUAAUACAAUUACCAUAUCACCAAAUGACAAAAAAAGCUGUGAACAUAAUCUAAUUCAAAAAAAUGAUAAAAAAAAUUGUAUAUCAAUAAAUGAUAAAGAAAAUAAAUUAUGUAGUCAAAAUAAUAAAGAUAAUCAAACAAAUUUUAUAAAUACAAAAAAUAUUGAUAUUCAUGUUAGUGAAGAUAAAAUAAAAAAAGAUAGAAAUAGUACAAUAAAUGGUGUAGAAAAAAUAAAAGUUAAAAAAAAAUUAGAUGCAAAUAAACCUAAAGCUGCAGUAAAAGGACCAUUUGAAUUAGAUAAGGAAACACUUAUUAAUGGUAGAUUUGUUAUAAAAGAAAAAAUUGGUUCAGGUGGUUGUGGUGCUGUUUACAAAUGUUUUGAUAAUAUAAAAAAAAAUUAUGUUGCUUUAAAAGCAGAAAAAAAUAUAGAUGAUAAGGGGUGUGUAUUAAAAUUUGAAGUAAAAGUACUUAAACAUUUAGAUGGUAAAAAUAAUAUUGUUCAAUUAGUAAGUUAUGGUAAGAAAGAAUCAUUUUCAUGGAUUGUAUUAACACUUCUUGGACAUAAUCUUUAUGACUUACGUAAAGCAUGUGAUAGUUUCUCUUAUUCAACAAUUGCUAGAAUUGGUAUACAAAUUUUAUAUGCAUUAAAAGAAGUUCAUGAAGCUGGUUUUAUUCAUAGAGAUGUUAAACCACAAAACAUGGCCAUUGGUGGAGUGGUAACAACAAUAAAAAUAAUACAUCUACUUGAUUUUGGAUUAUCAAGAGGAUAUACUAUCAUUAACAAUCAAGUAACUGUCAUAAGAGAAAAAAGAAAUAAUGUUUUAUUUCGAGGUACAUCAAGAUAUUGUAGCAUAAAUGCUCAAAAAAAUAUGGAGCAAGGUAGAAAUGAUGAUCUUUGGUCUUUAUUAUAUGUUUUAAGUGAAUUUAUUCAACCACUUCCAUGGUCAAAAUUUGGUAGAAACAAACUAAGAAUUCUUCAAGCCAAAGAAAAUAUUUCAACUAAAGAAUUAUUUCCAAAUUUUCCACAAAUAGAAAUAAUAUCGGAUUACUUAGAUACUCUUAACUAUUACAGUAGACCAAAAUAUGGAAUAAUUUUCAAUGUAUUAAAAAAUAUGCUUCUUUCAAAAGGAGGUUAUAUGUCAGAUUUAUAUGAUUGGGAAAUUGAAGGAGUAGUAAAACUUCCAAAGGAAUUUCUUAAAGAAAUAGAUAUAGUAAGAAAUGAGCUUGAAAGCAAAAAUAAAACUCCUUUAGUUAGCCAUAUUUCGAAGGAUGCACAAAAAAGUAAAGUAUCUAUGGAAUCUAAAAUAUCCAAUAAAAAUAAUUCAAUUUAUAAGAUGUUAAAUAAUUUAAAUGAAUUUUAUAUAUAUGAAAAAUUCGCAACUUCAAAAACGCGUUUUUAA